AUGCUAAAUGCGACAUCUUCUAGUGCUCGUACCACAUUCGGUGAGAGCGGAAAGCUCGUAAUUACAGGCGAAUUGGGGCCCACUUCAGAGUCGUUGCGCCUUAGGCAUGCUGGGAUUCCUACUUCGACCCAAAAUCUUAAGUGGAAAGCUGGGUAUCGUUGUGGAUUUCCUGUCGGCCUGUUACAACACCUAUCGCCAUAG